UAUAUAUAUCGGCGAUCGGACUAUAAACGAGCAGUUGUCAUAAUGAACAAAUGGAUAAACUGUGCUAGUAUACAAUAAACCUGAGGGACCAUAAAAAACUGUACUGCAUAUUUUCAUUUUCGUAACAAAACAGGAAUUGACGCCAGAGAUGCUGCUUUUAACUAGCUGUAUAGUUAAACUUUUGAGAAUAUCUAAUGUGGAUAUAAACUAUUUCAAUACAUAGUAUGGAUUACAUAAUUUAUAUACAUAUACCGUAUAAUAAGUACUGAAAUAUAGUUAUUGUAUACAUAUAAAGAUAAGGGGAGCAUAUAAAUACUUCCUUUCAUACAUGUGUACAUAUUCCUGUUCAACUUUUAUAAUUUCAUUAUAUCAUAUUCUAUAUCUAACAGAACAAAUGAUUCAGCCUAUGAUAUUAACUGAUAAUUUAUCUACUACUGAAAGAAAUAUUAGUAAUAUAAGUAGUACCCAUGCCUAUAUCAAUAAUACAACUAUUGGUAAUUAUUUAGCUCAUGAUUUCAAUACACUUGACUUAAAUAAUAUUAAUACUACACAAAAGGUCAACCAGACUUUGGAUCAUAGUCACUUGAUUGAUAAAGAUGAUUUUGAGGAGGAAGGAGAUUCUGAUGAAAAUUCUUUCAAUUAUUCUGACGUAGAAAUGGAAGAAUGGGAUAACAGCACCUUAGAAGAGGAUAAUUCACACAUUGAUAGUACAGCUGAACACUUUGACUUAUCAGUCAGUCCAUCAUCUUUAACAAAUUUAACAAAGCAAAAAGUUGAUAUCAAUUUGGAUUCUAAUACAAAUUUACGAUUUUUAAAAUAUUUUGUCGGUGAAACAAUUCGUAUGCGUUGUAUUAUACCUGAUGGACCAUAUGUGGUAAUAUGGAAUAAAAUUGGUAUGGAGUAUCCGCUGACAAUUGGUAAACGAAGAUUUAUACCAGACAAUAGAAUCAGUGUAAAAUAUAAGCCACCAGAUAGAUGGAGACUGCGCAUCACAAAUGCCAGGUUGACUGACAGUGGUGUAUAUACAUGUACGAUGAAAGCAAUACACAAAGAAGAAGAAGAAGUAGAGGACCAUUCAACUCAGUCAAAUGAUAAUAAACGCUCUUGUCACAAAAUGAAUGAUAAUAAUAACAGUCAAGAUGUAUCAGAAAAUUCAACGCUAAGACUAAGUAAUCCUGACUAUUACAUAACCGUAGUUGAGCCGGAGGUCAAUGAACACAAACAAACGGACGCACCACCUCCUGUGGUACCGAAGACUUUGACAAAAAAUCCAACACUCACUGUCACUGGUCCAAAAGUAGCAUACUAUGGCAGACCAUUGGAGCUGAAAUGCUAUGCAAAAUUCCCUACAUCAUUUCAAAUAUCUGACUACGAAAUAAUACUCGAAUGGUAUCACAAAGGAAUUCGAAGGAAAUCAGAUCCAUAUAAUUCUGGAAGUCUAUACAUAGAACAAAGAUGGCUUAAUUCAAAUACCCUAGAAAGUCGAUUGUAUAUAAAACAAGCUAGAGAAACAGACACAGGUCAAUGGAUUUGUUUAGAACGUUACAAGUCUGCUGAAAAGACAAGACUUGAUUUGUCUAAAUAUAUGCAUCUGGCACCAGAACAUAAGAAUCUCCAUACCAGAGAUCAAUCGAGUAAUGGUCAUCCUUCCAAGUCUCUAAUUUCAAACGAUCUUCGUCUACCUCCUGUGUCAUCUAUUAUACCAACAUCGAAAGUUACUUAUGGCAGAAUUGAAGUGGAAAUACUGGAUAUGUCAAAAGCUUCAAUUCAUUUGAAGGCAACUAAAUCAGAUAAUACUCGGCAUGUAUACAGCUAUAUUCAUCCAAAUUCUAAAUUGCUACGAACAAAAUCAACCAAUUCCGCCUAUAAUCUUAAAUCAAACUGUGAUUCUUUCAUAAAGAUGUACUUGUCUACAAUAGUUAUACUGUGUUUUUCUAUGACAAAGUUAUUAACAGAUGUAAUUAUGUAAUUAAGAUAUUUACCUUUAUAACUUGCAUAUAAUGAU